UCCCGCAUGAGGCGUUUCCCGAGUCUAAAUCAAAACAGGCAUGGGUUAGGGCAGCGCGCCAAGAUGCAGAUACUCCCGUCGCGUGCUCGCGAAUGCAGUGAAGGGUCUCAGCCAGGGCGGGCACGAGUUGCUGACGUGGACGCGAUGCUCACGCGGGUGGUCCUCCGACUCCGGCCGCGAUCUUCGUUUCCAGGUUGCGUCGUGUGAUUCUUCAGGCGCGCGUGCUCCCGCUCGUGUGGGCCCGCAGUAGCAGCAUCGCCUCGCGUGCGGCAGGAGCACCUCGUGUCGUCGCGUGCCAUCGCCGUGCCAUGGCGGCGUCGUCCAGCGUCUUUGAAUCCGACGACUUCAUGGGGCGGCUGACGGCGGCGCUGGGCGACCUGCAGCACCGCUUCCAGGGCUCCGUCACCAACGUGUCGCUAGGGCCGCUCUACGGCGAGUACGGCACGUUCCUCCCCACGCACGUCACACCAUCCGGCGCGCCCGCACCACCCUCCGCGCGAGACGCUCCCCGUCCUGCAGCAACGGGGGCGGGCGGGGGGACAGGGGCAGGAGGAGGCGGGGCAGGGGGGGGAGGGGGUAAUUCAGGGGCAGCAGUAACGGGAGGGGCGGCAGGAGGGGCGGGGUCAGCAGGUGGCGGCGAGGAUGGCGGCAAGGAUGGCGCAGCGAGCGGGCGGGCGGACGGAGGCGACGAGGGGGGGGAUGGUGGGCAGUCGGGGCGCAGCGAGGGCGACUGCAUGCAGGUCAUUCCGCUGCUGGAGGCGGACAUGGGUCCGUCGGGCGUGCUCGCCGUAGCGCGCAGCAGCGUGCCCGCCGCCAUCCCUGGGCCGUCCGCCGCGUGGCUGCGCGAGCACCACAGCCACGCGCGCCACCACCACCGCGGCCCCCCGGACGGCACGGACGGCGGGGAAGGGCCGGAUGGGGCCCGCGGAGAGCGGCGGGACGGCAGCCCAAGCAGGAGCGCAGGGGUCGAGUGGGGCGACGAGAAGAGGAGGCGGCGAGCGCGGGGGCGCGAGGAGGGCGCGGCAGGGCGGGCCAGGAGCAUGGCGGCUGACAUGAGCCUGGACGACAUUCACGGGCUCCUCACAGCGCACGUGGCCGUCAAGCUGCUCUCGCCCCUUGCCUCCCUCCUCACGCCCCCCGCCCACCAUCACUCCACCUUCCCACCCCCCCUCUCGCCGCCUCCGCUGCACCCUGUCCGCUCUGCCGCGCCCCCUUCCGCGCGCACCAACGGCGUGCAUGCGCCGGGGCGCGCGGAGGCGGAGGCAGGGGCGGAAGCGAAGGGGAAGAGGGAGGUGGGGCACAGCCAGUCCGCGCAGGGCGUGGGCGCAGGGAGGGACGAGGGGCGCAAGGGGGAGGAGGGGGCAAGGCACAAGGCGUGGCGGCUGUCUCCCACUAGCGUGGCGCAGCAAGCGCAGGGAAGGGGGGGUAGUGGCGGUAGCGGCAGUGGCAGCGGUGUGAGGGGGUCAGUGUCGCCCCCCCCCCGAAGCCGCCUUGCUUCCCGUUCUGCCAGCCCUCCAUCCCGAGCCACACUAGGCACGCCAGACGCCGCGGGGUACAGCCCCGGCUUACUCGCAAGAAGGGAGGGUCUUGGGGGGGGGUUUGGGCGGAGAGCAGGUGGAGGCAGCGGGGUGAAGGAGAGGGGUUUAGACGAGGACGGGGCUGCGGGCGCAAGGGAAGGCGCUGAGAGAGCGGUUGAGUUGAAGAGUGCUGGGGGCAAGAAGCGGGGGAAGGGGCCGGAGGUCGCACAGGGAAAGGGUGAGGGCGUGGCGGAGGGCGAGGCGGGGGAGGGCUCGCACAAGGAGGCUGCGCUGCGCAAUGGCAUGCUGGCGCCCGCUGCUGUGGGCCGUGUGGGGAAGAAAGCGCCCAAGGGCGCUGGGGCCGAUCGUGGAAAGCAGUGGGAGGGGAAGUGGAGUAAAGUAGAGCAGUCCGCGGCGAGGGAAAGAGGGGCUUCAGGGGAUGCCCCGGCGCUACGCGCUCCUGCUGCUGCCAGCCCCCUGCCCGCUGCUGCCAUGGGCGGGGCAGGGAUGGCGGUUGGGCCAGCAGCAGGGGGCGGGGCGGAGCAGCUGCAGGACAACUGGGUGGGGUGCGAGGAGUGCGGCAAGUGGCGCCUGCUGCCGCCCUCCAUUGAACCCUCGUCGUUGCCGGACGAGUGGUACUGCCGCAUGAACACAUGGACCCCCGAGUUGGCGCAGUGUGGGGUGCCGGAGUACCGCACGUCAGCGGCGGUGUACUACUCGCUCGGGCUGCCCUUCCCCACGCACCUGUUGCCACAGGGCGCCACCCUCCCACCGCCGCCACCCUCUGUCGUCGCCGCCAUGCAAGCAGCUGCAGCUGCAGCGGCGGCUGCUGCUGCUAGCGGUGCUGCUCCUAGUGGUGCCUCUGCUGCUGCUUCUGCUGCUGCUGGUGCUGCGGUGGGUGGGGACGUGGCGGGCAAAGGAGGUAAGGCGGCCAAGCUAGGGAGGUCAGGGAGUAAGAGGAGCGUUGGGCAGGUGCAGGGGGAGGCGGAUCGCAGGGAGAAGCGGAGGAGGCGAGACAGCAGUGAAGACGGGCGUAGCUUCAGUGCUGCUGCUGCUGGUCUUGGUGGUGGUGGUGGUGGUGGUGGUGGAACGGGAGAGGGUGUUGUUGAGGCGGGAAGGGGUGACUGGGACCGAGAUAUUGAGGAGAGGGAGAGAGAAAGGGAAAGAGAGAGAGAAAGGGAGAGAGAAAAAGAAAGAGAAUGGGACAGGGAGAAGAAGGAAAGGGAGAUGGAUAGAGAAGGGGAAAGGGAGCGGGACGAUGGUAGGGCUAGGGAGCGGGUUACUCGUGAGGGGCUGGUAGGGGACGGAGGGGCAGGGGCGAAUGCAGAGAGUGCGGGGAAGGUUGGAGAUGAGAGAGGCACGAAGGGUGGGGUUGCAGGGGGCCAUGAGGGUAUGGGGGAGCGCAGAGCGGAGGGGCGAAGGCCGUUGCGUGCGCAGGAGCAGAGUAAGCGGAGAGAGAGUGAGGAGGGCGGUAGGGAGGUGGGUAAGACGAAGCAGGAGGGUCCUUGGGAGGAGCGAGGGCGAGCAGAAAGGAAGCGAGAGGGGGGCGAGUGGCAAGGGGGGGCGGAGGCAGGGAGAAGAGAUUUGGGUCGGAGAGAUGGUUGGGGGAGUGAGAGGAAGGGUGGUGAGGGGAAGGGAGCAGUGGAGGAGAGAGGAGCAAGGGCGGAGAAGGCGGGUUGGGAGGGGUCAGAGCUGGGUGCAGGCAGUGGUGCGGGUGGCAGUGGCGAGGCAGCAGGGGCGGGUGUGAAGCAGGAGGCAGGCAGCCCUGCCAUUGUGGCGCUGAGGCACGCCGCAGUGUCACCUGCAGCAGGCACGGCAGUCGAAGGCAAGGCGGCCAUCAGUAUCGUCACGGCAGGCUCAGCAGUGCCUGCUGCAAACGCGUCUGGACGGAAAGCAGGGUGGGAGAAGGGUGAGAAGGCAGAAGAGGGCGCUGCAGACACAUCGGGCGUGGUGUCCCCCCUGCCCGCUGCGCGCGCGUGGCACAGUGAGAAGGAAAAGCCCAGGCAGUUGCAGCCUUCGCCUGCUGUGGCUGCUGCUGGUGCAGAGGCAGAGUUAGUAGGGGGAGCAGGGGGUGCAGGUGGUGCGGUCGAGGCGGAGGAGGAAGGGCAGCAGGAGGUGGAGAUGGAGGUGGAUGACGGCCACGACGAGCGAGUCCUUGCUGCGCUCUCGCGCCCCCAAACGCAUGCGCACUGGCCCUCCGCCCUUCCCCAGGCGCCGCCGUCGCUCCCUCCACCACCUCCACUCUUCCCCCGCCCUGCGUGUGCUCCAGCGCCAGCCCAGCCCGCUCCUCCUGGGACAGCAGGGCCGGGGGACGCCAGAGAAGGGGGGUUGGCAGCAGCGGCGGGUGAAGCUGCGAGCGUGCCUGCUGCAUGGGCAGGUGGGGGUGCACAUGGCACAAUCAUUGUGGCACCUUCCCCCCCUGCCCUGGCUGCGCCGCCCCCAUGUGGCGCACCUCCUACAGCCCCAGCGCCCGCCUGUGGUGCUGCGGGCCAGGCUUCUCCUCCUGGAGCACCGGUGCCCGCGCCAGCACCUGCAGCGCCUGCACUGCCACCUGCAUGUGCAGCGCCACCACAAGCAGUAGCGCUGGCCGCAGGAGCAGUGGGCGCUGCAGCGCCAAGCACAGGAUUCGUGGCAACAGCAGGUGGAGACACCAACACAUCAGGCCUGCUAGCUGACUCCACAGCUGCCGCUUGUGCUGCUGCUGUGGCUGCUGCUGCCCAUGCCUCCACAGGCGCUUCCGCUGCACUGGGCAGUAGCGUCAGCACCACUGCACCCGUCGCUGCCACACCAGGCGCUGCCAGCACAGCAGGCGCGCCACCAACCGCCCCAUGCCCUGCGCCCACAGCGGCAACAGGGCUGGCAGUUAUAGGCCUCGCUCCACCCGCACUCCCCCCACCUCCCCCCCCGCCCCCCGGCGGCCCGCCUGCCGGCGCUGCAGUGCUGGCGCCCUCGUGUGCUCUGCCCCUCCCCUCUGAGGCCACGCCCGCCACAGCGCAGCGUGCGGGGGCGGGCAGGCGGCGGGGCGCGGGGUGGCGCGGGUCGUCGAGCAGCACGACGAGCAGCACGAGCAGCACGAGCUCCAGCAGCGCCACCUCCGACACGAGCUCCGCCUCCUCCACGCCCACCAAGCCCCACCACUCGCCCCCGCACUCCACCCUCUCCUCCUCGCCCUCGCGCUCAGGGCCCCCCCGCUCCUCCUCUCUGCGCCACGGCGCCGCCAGGAAUGGCGAGGGGAGCGCGGGGGCGGGCAGAGGCGUCGGCAGGUCGCCUGACGGCCGCGGCAGAGGGGGGGAGGCGGGGGAGAAGGAGAGGAAGGAGGGCGCUAGGGGCUGGAGUGGGGGGUACAGGGAGGACGGGGGGAGAGGAGGAGCAGGGGGGAGAGGCAAGGAGAGAGAAGGAGGCGGGAGCAGAGGGGAAGGGAGGGGCGGGAGAGAGGAGUCGGCACAAGGAAGAGGGGGGAGAGGGGAGGAGAGAGUAGGGAGGUCUAGUAGGGAUGGUGAGGGAGGGGGUAGGGACAGGGAUGGGGGCGGAGGGAGUGUGGGUGGGGGCGGGAGGGCGUACUCGCCGUCGCAGGAGAGGGGCGAUAGGGAGAAGGGGCGGGAUGGGUGGGGACGCAGGUACAGCAGCCGGGAUAGGGAGAAGGAGAGGGGCAAGGAGAGGGAGUGGGGCAGGGAGCGAGAUGCAGAUGGGGGGAGGUACGAGAGGAGAGGGAAGGACGAGAGGAGGGAUGAGAGGGGAAGCAGGCGGGAUAAGGAGUGGGAUGGCAGGGGUGAGCGUGAUAGGGAUUGGGAUGAUAGGGGGCUCGGGAAGUCGAGGGAUAGGGAUAGGGACAGAGACAGAGACCGGGACAGGGACAGGGAUAGGGAUAGGGAUAGGGAUAGGGAUAGGGAUAGGGAUAGGGACAGGGAGUGGGAUAGAGAUAGGGAUAGAGAUAGGGACCGGGACAGGGACCGAGACAGGGACAGGGACAGGGAUCGAGAUAGGGACAGGGAUAAGGACAGAGAGAGAGAGAGGGACCGGGGAAGAGGGAGUCGGGAGUUGGAGAGGGAGAGGGAGAGGAGGAGGGAGAGGACGUUUGGUGGGUCUCGAGGUGCGUUCCCUGCUUCGGCGCCGUGGGCGGGCGAGGAAGACCCCUCCGAUGGACCUGCCGCUGCUGCGCCCUCCUCUCUUCUUCCUCUUGCCACUGCCGAUGCCCCUGGUGCCCUUGCUGCAGCAGCUGAGGGCGGGCCUUUGGUGUGUGCCGUGUUGCCCCCUGCAGGCAGCAGCGAGGGGCCAACGCCAGCUGCACAAGGAGCACCGUUGCCCCCUGCCUCUCACAACCUGCGGGAAUCACCACCUGCACUCUCUGCCCCUCCUGCUGCUGCUGCUGCUGCUGCUGCUGCUGUUGCUGUUGCUGCUGUUGCUUCGAGUGGUGCUCCUGCGCCACAAGCAGCAGCACAGGACACUGCCACACAAAAAAUGUCCAGCUCUCUUGCCCUUGCACCACCUGCUGCUGCGGCCGCUGCGCCUGCUGUUGCUCCCGCAGCGCGCCCCGCCACCUCGCGUGCUGCACCCCUUCCUGCUGCCUCCCCCGGGCUGCACCGCCUCUCCGCCUUCCCCGCUGCCAUCCCCGCACCUGCGUCGGGACUGGCAGGUGCAGCAGCGGCAGCAGGGGCGCGAGCAGCAGGGGUAGGCCCAGCACCAUCAGCAUCAGCACCUGGGAGUAAUGGAGGGGCUGCAGCUACAGGCAGUGGGACAGCAGCCGCAGCAGUGUCAGCAUCGCCUGGUGCGAGUGGAUGGGCGGCAGUGGGUGCAGCCCCCACGCACAUGCUCACUCCAGACCGAGGGCUGCUGCCCGCCAUACCGGCCGGCACCCACCAUGCAGCCACCAGCGGGGCAGCAGGGGCAGGGGCGAGUGCAGGGCCGAUGGGCCCAGUUGGUACUGGGGUGCGGCGGUCCAUAGGGGGGGUGUUGGCGGCGGGUGUUGUGGACACAAGCAGCAAGAAGGUGGCGAGGCAAGAGGCAGUGGACCUCAAACACACGGCGGACAAGAGGACGGACUCGGUGGAGAAGGCGGAUGGGUACAUGAGAGCCGCCUUCAAGUUCCUUGACUCCGUCGGCUGCGACCCCUCGCACCACGCGCCCGCGCUCGCCUCGCAGGCGGCAGCAGCGGCGCGCACCCUCAAUGAGACGGCGCAGCUCUUCGAGUGCACGGGGCGGCUGUACGAGGCAUCGGCGCUGCAUGCGCCGGCAGCGCUGGCGUACAAGUGUGCGGCCAUCGCGCGCACGCGGGCGCUGGCAGCGCUGCGCUCCGCCACGAAACGAGAGCGGCAGGACCUGCUGCUGCUCGCCGACUCGCACCCGCACGCACAGCAACCUGCUGCUGCUGCUCCUGCCGCCGACCACCAAGGUGUGAGGGGGGGUGCGUCACCGGCAUCGUCUGCAGCAUCGGACGUGGACAAUGUGUCGGCUGGGCUCAAGCUCCCGAACCACCACCACCAUCACCACACGCCCCUCUCCACCUCCAAUCUCACUGCCCUUGCAUCGUCCCCCUCGCCCUCGCCUGCCCCUGGAACUGCUGCUGCCGCUGCAACAGGGGGUGGUGCGGGGGGGGCGGCGGGUGUGUGCGUACCGGAUCGCUUGGUCCCCAGCCUGCGCAGAGUGCUCAAGGAGAGCAACGACAUGGCGAGCAUCAUGGACACGUGGGGCAAGGCGGCGGCAGCGGAGGCGCACGCCAUGCAGCAGCAGGACGUGAGUGCGCUGGCGCGCAUGAAGCUCGACGCAGUGGGCCACUGCGCCGGCAUGCUGCCCGGCGACGCCGUGUGGCGCGCUGCCCUCGACGCCUUCGCCUCCAUCCGCCCAUGACUGCCUGUGCCCGCCUCACACUCUCCCUCGCACUCACGCUGCACGCCCUGCCCUUGCACCCCCCACGAUCUGCCCGCCUGCACGGGUCGCGUGGAAGGCACUCCACGUUGCCGUCGGUGGGCGGUGCCAUGUGCAUCCACUGCAUGCAUGCAUCCUGGUGGUGCACCACGCGCAGCUGUGCGUGGACUAGACUGGGAGGCCCUCUGCCUCUCCUGCGCAAGCCAUGACCCCACAGUGCACCGCCAGCUACUUCCUGAACGUGCAGGUGCAGCCCACUCUAAGUGCUCAUUGGCACGCCUUAGGGCUGCAGGCGCACCUGCACUUACCCUGCCAGCACCACUGCCUCGUGUCCUCAUCUGCGCACAGCCUCAGCUCACUGGAUGGCUCAUCUGCUGUCUCUCAUCCAGUGGCACCACCAGCUCAUGAAAUACAGAGGCAGCAUUCUCAGCAUCAGCAGACAGCAGGAUUGGUCCUACGAAAGCACACUGGACUCCCUUUUUUAUACACCAAGGAAUGCAAAGGUUGCGUUGUAUGGGGUUUCAGCUUAUGCACACUGAAAAUACCGUAGGUUGAGUUUGCACUUGUGCAUGUUCCUUGUUUUUGUAUCGUCUCCUGCCAUUUUCCUUUACAGUUCAUCUAUAUUAUGAGUAUUCCCUUAAA